CUGUCAAGGAGAAUGGUCAACAGCCUAUCAUCUCAACCCAACCCUACAAGCUUGGGAAUGUGUCAUUUCCCUCGGGUUGAGCCUGAAAUAUUAGUAGCAGGAUUAUAGGACGUGAAAUUGAGAAACUGACUAUAGAAAGCUUGACCGAAGCUUGUAAACGGACCGGAAUUAAACGGGCUCAGAUAAGGGUAAUAUACGGUUAAAUAAUGUCGGCAACAUUGAAGCCUUAUCUAACGGCAGUGCGACGUACAUUGACAGCAGCAAUGUGUUUGGAAAACUUUUCCUCCCAGGACGUAGAGCGUCACAAUAAACCAGAGGUGGAGGUGAUGUCGAGUAAAGAGCUUCUCCUGACCCCAGUGAUGAUAAGCAGAAACGACAAAGAAAGGGUGCUGAUUGAAUCCAGCAUCAAUAGCGUCAGAGUUAGCAUAUCUGUCAAACAGGCUGAUGAGAUCGAAAAAAUAUUAUGCCACAAAUUUAUGAGGUUUAUGAUGAUGCGUGCUGAAAAUUUUGUUAUACUGAGGAGGAAACCAAUAGAUGGGUACGAUAUCAGCUUUCUAAUCACAAACUUCCAUACUGAACAAAUGUUUAAGCACAAGCUGGUCGACUUUGUUAUCCAUUUCAUGGAGGAAAUAGACAAGGAAAUCAGCGAAAUGAAACUUUCCGUGAAUGCGAGAGCUCGAAUCUGUGCGGAGGAAUUUUUAAAAAGGUUUUAGCCUGUGCACAAAGCUACAAGAUUAUAGCUGAAGGAAAAUCGGGAUGUCACUAUAGGACUUGUAAGCUAUAUUGAAUCGCUCAAAUGUUGAU